AUGGCAGACCGACACCACCCUGACCUCUAUUUCGACGACGGGAACGUCAUGAUUUUUCCAAGUGAUCAUGCACCAUUCAAGGUUCAUCGCAGCCUUCUCAAGCGUCAUUCCCAUGUAAUGGAGCUAGACAUCAUCGCGUCGGACGGCGAAAUCGACGGCUGCCCUACUGUCACUUUCGACGGGAUUUCCACCGACGACAUCGCUCACAUGCUGUACAGUAUUUAUGAUAACAGACGUUACUCCCAAGCAGUACAACUCCCGUUCGACACCGUACUGUCACUCCUUCGAAUGGGCACACGAUAUGACAUGGAGUAUCUCCUCGGCGAGGCCCAGUCACGUCUUCGCGCCUGUUAUCCGGACACCCUUUCAGGAUACGAUAAAAUCGAGGAAUCCGAUAGCUCUCUUCGACGCAUACGAUGGUCGCCAGACCAGGAUUAUCAAGUCGCGCGUCUCGCCCUCGAGUACAACCUCACAGAUAUUCUUCCUGUCGCCCUAUACGAAUGUUGUGCACAUUCUCCCCACAAUCUUCUCGAACACAUGAACACACCCGAUACCGGUGACGCUUCUGCUUCCUCUUCGGAAGUUCGGGAAGCCAUCUUUGCGAAAUGCUAUGAAGGACGUUCUUCCCUGGUGGAACAAAGGGCCGAGGAUUCGCUAGGUUUCCUUAUACCUGGGCCACGCAUUACCACUCCUCUGUGCGCCAGCCCAGACCGCUGCGAGCAGGCUUGGAGGACUAUGAAGGAGUUUUCUCAGACGUUGCGUAUGAAUGUGGGAAAUCCACGGGCGUUAGAUAGUCUGGACGAUUUCAUCGAUGCCUCGGUGGAGGACAAGGCUUGUAGAGAUUGCGUUGCCCAUUGGAAGAAGUUACAUCGAGAAGGGAGGCAGAAGAUUUGGAAUAACCUGCGGGCGACAUUCAACCUUCCCUUGGAGGUUUGA